AUGGCUGCUCAGAGGUUACUCACAGAUACAAAUGGACCUUAUUACGGAAAUGGUAGUGGAAACUUUUCGACGACAAAUGGUCCCGAUGGUAAUAGCAAUCUAUAUUCUCAAACAUUUAGUAAUGAAACUUCUCCACAAUCAGCUCCUCAUCAUUUACAAACUCUUCUUGGAUCUAUUAAUGAAUCUUCAUCAACAACCAAUCAUUCGAACAGUGUCAACGUCGAUAAUCAAGUUAAACAACAAAAAGAUAUGAUUUACAGUCAUCCAUUAUUUCCAUUACUGGCAUUAAUCUUUGAAAAAUGUGAAUUAGCGACUUGUACACCAAGAGAUUUAGGUGGACCAGGAGAUGUUUGUUCAUCUGAAUCAUUUAAUGACGAUAUUGCUGAAUUUACUAAACAGCUUCAAAAAGAUCCAAAUUAUAUAACAACCAAUCCUGAAUUGGAUAAUGUGAUGCUUCAAUCAAUACAAGUGUUACGAUUUCAUCUUUUGGAAUUAGAAAAAGUUCAUGAAUUAUGCGAUAAUUUUACUCAUCGUUAUAUAACUUGUUUAAAAGGAAAAUUACCAAUGGAUUUAGUAAUCGAUGAACGUGAUUCAAAUGUUUCAUCAUCAAAAUCAGGUGAUGAAGAUGAUCAAGAUGAUGAUCCAGGUAGUCCACAACCACCACAUGGACUUCCACCACAUCCUCCACCAACAUCAUCACGUUCAUCAUCUUAUAAUCAACAUAGUCCAGAUGGUUCAACAACACCAUCAGGAUAUAAUCUUCCUCAUCAACCUAAAUCUCUUCGAUCAUCAUCACAUUGUUCAUCGAUGACAACAACGUCACAAUUAACACCUCUUGUUUCACCACAUCAUUUUGGUCAUUCAUCUCAUCAUCAUCAUCUUCAACCACCACCACCACCUCCAUCAACACAUUUUCAACAACAAUUACCACUACCACCACCACCACAUCCAUCUUAUUCAAAUCAUCUUCUUGGUAAUAAUACUGGUCAUCAUCCAUCAGUUUUAACUCAUUUAUCUCAACAACAACAACAACAUUUUCAUCAACAACCAAAUCAUCAUUCAAUUCAUAAUGAUGAUACACAAUCGACACAUUCUUCGUCAGAUGCAAAUACUCCAAAUACAAAUCAAACAACAAUGACUAAUAUGGCAAAUACAACAAAUAGUUAUCAUAUACUACAUGAUAACAACAGUGAAACGGGUGACAAUUUUGAUAACAGUGUAGGUUCAGGUGGUGAUAAUACUGGUGUUGCUACAAAUAUAAUGCGAGCAUGGUUAUUUCAACAUUUAACUCAUCCAUAUCCGUCCGAAGAACAAAAGAAACAAUUAGCUCAAGAUACUGGUUUAACAAUUUUACAAGUUAAUAAUUGAGUAAUCGUACGGUCAAUUAAUAAAGUAAACAAUUCGUUGACUGAUACUCAAUGGUUUAUCAAUGCCAGACGUCGUAUAGUUCAACCAAUGAUUGAUCAAUCAAAUCGUGCUGCAGCUAUUCCAACUGAAUUUACUGAUUGUUUUGGUCCGUAUUCUCCUGAUGCAGCAGCAGCUGCUGCUAUGCAUUAUCAAUUUGGUGGUGGUUAUCCAACAGCACCUCAUGAUAUUUUUGGAUCUUAUGCUCAAAUGUCACAAUUUCGAAAUCCAAUGAUGAUGAUGUAUCCAGGUGGUUAUCCUGUAUCAACAAGUCCAAAUAGUAUGAUGGAUCAAAUGGGUCAUCAUCAUCAUCAACAACAAGAAUCAUCUGCAGUUACAAGUGGAGCUGCUUAA